UAUACAACAAGGCCACACGCCAAGUUGGAGUCUUAUGUCGGCCAUCCCAAUAUAUGGUGUUCGGCGGUGUUGGCCCCAUUCCCCGACCACAAGCCUCUUUCUGGAGUCCUUCUCUUUAUUUAGUAAAUGCCGUUUUCUUUAUUUUCUUUAAGAUUUGCAAUUUUUUGGCGAUUUUUAAGCAAGAAGCCCAUGAUUUAAUCACAACCAAAUGACGUGAUAACCCAAAAAAUUUCGCAAAGAAAAAAGAAGAGAGAGGAAUUAGGAAACCCCAUGAAAUGGGACAAGAUAAACUUGCAGGCAAACAGGACUCCCCAAUAAGAAUUAAGGGAACCUGAGACUCUUUUCAAAGGGUCUUAAUCAAACAACACAAAUUGAAAUCCACCGCCAAGUUGCGAAGGCUCCAUUUAAGCUCACGUGAAAGCCUCUCAGGCUCCUCAGCUACCUUCACAUGCACCACGCAACAGAACAAAAAGCUCCAGUUUUUUAUAACAACUUCAGCAGGAACUAAAACCCCACUUUCUUUUUGUGGCUUUUCGUGUACUGUCAUUUCUCUAAUUGGACUCUGCAAAAUGACCUUUCUUUCUUCUCACCAAUCUCCUUCAUGUCAUCUUUUCAAGUCAUGUCUAACCUUUCUUUUUCUAGCCUUGUUUCAAUCUGACACAGCUUCUUCAGCUCUGAUAAUGAGCAUGAAGAACCACCACGGCCACCACCAACAUAGAAGGCCAAUGUUCCAAACAAACCCAAGUACUUGUGCAUUGUUUAUAGGCACUUGGGUUCGUGAUGAUAGUUACCCAUUGUACCAAUAUUCUAACUGUCCAAUCAUAGAUGCAGAAUUCAACUGCCAAAUGUAUGGAAGACCCGAUUCUGAUUACCUCAAAUAUCGUUGGCAGCCUCUCAAUUGUCAGCUCCCAAGGUUCGAUGGACUUGUGUUUUUGUCGAAAAUGAGAGGGAAAAAUGUGAUGUUUGUUGGUGAUUCCCUUGGAAGGAACCAAUGGGAGUCUUUGAUUUGUAUGAUUUCAGCUUCAGCUCCCCAAUCACAGACUCAGAUGAGCAAAGGAGAUCUUCUCUCCACCUUCAAGUUCCUUGAAUAUGGUUUAUCAAUAUCAUUUUAUAGAGCUCCAUAUUUGGUAGACAUAGAUGUGGUACAAGGGCGGAGAGUUCUAAAGUUAGAGGACAUAGCUGGAAAUGGAAACGCCUGGCGAGUGGCAGACGUGCUGUUAUUCAACACAGGCCACUGGUGGAGUCAUAAAGGAUCUCUCCAAGGGUGGGAUUUGAUUGAAUCGGGGGGUACAUAUUACCAGGACAUGGAUCGUUUGGUUGCUUUGGAGAAAGGGCUGAGAACAUGGGCCAAUUGGGUUGACACCAAUGUCGACAAAACCAGAACCAGAGUCUUUUUCCAGUCCAUUUCCCCCACCCAUUACGAUCCAAGUGAAUGGAGUGCUGGAGCAACAGUGACAACAACGAAAAACUGUUACGGGGAAACAGCGCCAAUGACCGGAACUACAUACCCUGGCACAUACCCUGACCAGAUGAGAGUGGUGGAUGAAGUUAUUAGGGAGAUGCACUUUCCUGCAUAUUUGUUGGACAUAACCAUGCUUUCUGAGCUUAGGAAAGAUGGACACCCCUCAAUUUACAGUGGUGAUUUAAGCCCUGCUCAGAGGGCUAACCCGGACCGGUCAGCUGAUUGUAGCCAUUGGUGCCUUCCUGGAUUGCCAGAUACUUGGAAUGAACUAUUUUAUACUGUGUUGUUCGAUUAGGCUGUAUGUGGUUUACUUCAUUUUAUACUUAGUUACUACUAAUUUGAUUAUAGGUUAGCAGAGGAUGCAAAAAUGCAAUUUACUCUGUGUACCUAUAGCAUCUCUCUCGUCCUUUUAGUCAAAGGUUAGUGUAGCCAUUGUUGUAGAGUAAUACAUAUUGUUUCUCGAGAGAAAUAAGGUAUUUCGUACUUAUUCUCAUGAUGGUAGCUUUGAGAGUGAUUUGUUGCCAGUACCCAUUUAUCACUUUGAAUGAUAUGGGCCAAGAUGGGAGGAAGAAAAGAAAGGAGUAGGGUCUUUUUAAUUUUUCUUCUAUCCGUUCUGUAUUUCCUUUGGUGGGCCAGUUUGAGCCAUUAGAUGGAUAAUGAGGGUUGCUCAAAAAUGAUGCUUGUAUAGUUCCUCAAGUUAAGUCUGAUAUUAAUUUCAAGACUCGUUAAUGCUCCAUUAAACUAGUAGGGACAACAUGUUCUUGUCUGAUUUUGUAUAUGUCCAAGCUGAUUGACAUGACAAUAUCGUGGGGGGCAGGCGCUUUUGCUGUGCAUGUUACUAUGAUGCACCUGAACGGGAA